CGCCCUCUCAGCUCGGCGCAUCCCCUCUGCUGGACGAAGUGCGACCAUUUUGCAGGGGGGAGCAGAGUGUGGUGGCGACUGACGGUGCGAAGAGAGCCAGGGCUGGGGCGCGGGGUGGCGGCCUGAGUCGCUGGACCCGGGGACUGUCUCCCCACCCCGGAGGGAAGACCGAGAACGGCGCUGACCCUGCUCUCUUAUUUUGUCUCCCUAGGCGUUAGUGCCCGCCUUAGGGCCUCGAUUUAACCAGCCAAGAUGUCUAGGCCCGUCAGGAACAGAAAGGUGGUGGACUAUUCACAGUUUCAGGAAUCAGAUGAUGCAGAUGAAGAAUAUGGCAGAGAUUCAGCCCCACCAGCCAAGAAAAUCCGUUCAUCACCAAGGGAAGCAAAAAGCAAGAGGCGGUCUGGAAAGAAUUCUCAGGAGGAUAGCGAGGACUCAGAAAAGGACAUGAAGACAAAGCGAGAUGACUCACAUUCAGCAGAUGAAGAUUUUGGCAGUGAAGAUGACUUAGGAGCAGAUGAUGGGAAAGCUGAUAGUGACUAUGAAAGUUCUCAAAAGAACAAAAAAGGAAAAAAAGCCAAACCUGACAAGAACAAAAGAGUAUCUUCCAAAUCCAGGAAAAGAGCUGCAGAAGACAGUGAGGAUGAGAAAGAAGACCAUAAAAAUGUGCGUCAGCAGCGACAAGCAGCAUCAAAAGCUGCUUCCAAGCAACGGGAAAUGCUGAUGGAUGAUGUGGGCAGUGAGGAGGAAGAUCAGGAAGAGGAGGAGACAUCAUUUCAAGAAAAAGAUUCUGGCAGCGAUGAAGAUUUCCUUGUGGAAGAUGAUGAUGAUAGUGAUUAUGGCAGUUCAAAAAAGAAGAACAAAAAAGUGACUAAGAAAUCCAAACCAGAAAGGAAAGAAAAGAAAAUGCCUAAACCAAGGCUAAAGGCUACAGUUACACCUAGUCCGGUGAAAGGUAAAGGAAAGGGAGGCCGUCCAGCAGCAUCAAAGACAUCGAAAGAAAAGACCCCAUCCCCAAAAGAUGACGAUGAAGAGCCUGAAAGUCCUCCAGCAAAGAAGAAAUCAGUUAGUCCUCCUCCAGACAAAUCUGGGGAUGAAGGCUCUGAAGAUGAAGUCCCAUCUGGUGAAGAUUAAAUGGUGGUGUAGGAGAGAAACUUUUUGAGAGAGAGUAAGGAAAGCAGAAUAUACUUAGGGGGGUAGAACGUGGUUUUGGUUGUGGCUUGACUCAUGGGCUGUGAAUGCCACCUUUACUUUAGCUGUUUUAAUAGUACAGUUCUUUCUUCUAUUUUUUAAAAAAGAAAACCUUUACACAAUAAUGUUUUGAUGUCACAGUCUCUACUUGCCAUUCUGUUCUCCCCGACCAAAUCUGAAAGCCAUUUAGAUUUAAAUUAACAACUUACAAAAUAUAUAUUUUUGAAGGCUCACUGCAGUUGUAAAGCAAUAAGAUUGAGGCUGACACGUGGAGGGUCCUAAUUAGCAAACAGAAUAGUUUUCCAAAACUGGAAACUUCAUCUAAGCCAAGUUGCUUAAUAGAAUGCAGAACAAAUAUAUUAGUAUUACAGCAUUUCUGUUGACAUAAGUGCAUUGGUAGUAUAUGAAUUACUUUAAAUUCCAUCAAGGGUUUAAAGUUCCAAUAUUCUGAAUGUUUGGGGUUCCACAGUCUAUUUUUAACAGCCAAGGUAAUUUUAAUGACCAUUUGAUCUUUUCUACAUUUCACAUUUUACAAAGGCCCUUUUCAUCCUAUUGAUAUGCUUGCUUCCUAAUUAGGGUAGCAUUCCUUUUGGCCAAAACACAACAGGUUUCUUCCAAAUCAUGUUUCAAAGUUUGUAUCUUUCCAUGCUGCUUUAAAUAUUUGUAUAAAAUAUAAUGCUUGCUUUAGGGAGACAUCCUGGAAGCUGGAACAUCUAUCUGGGAAGAGGACUAGAGUUUUUGUAAUGGUGCAGCCUCUGUGUUUGAGCCCAUGCACAUUGGCUUAAAUGUCUUAGAUAUCCUCAAAAAUAAAAUUUGUCAGGUUCCACCAACAAAAAAAAUACAACUUUCCCUUAGACAGCUCCUUCGUUGCUUAACUUGAUUCUUCAUCCUCGUGCAGUGGAUACUGCUUUGCUGCCAUGUCUUACUUGUUCUCCAGAUAGAAGAGGUCCUGUACCUAGACUAAUCAAGGAGUAUGGUGUGAAUAGGGAAACAUGAGGGAUAUAGCAACAACUUAGGUGUUUCACAAAAAUACAAUAUUCUGCUAGUGCACAGUAUAUUUGAGAGAGAGGUUUGUGUGCUAGCUAGCAUUUUAGUAAAUUUGAAGCUGUCCAUCAGUAUUGUCAAUUUAGAGGACGUAUGUUGCCUUCCUGUCUUAGGGAAAAGAACUGCAGUAUUUAUUGUAAGCUAGAGUGCCACCUAUUUUAUAUUAUUUAUCUUGUACAUUUGCAGCACACAUUCUCAACCACAAUCUCCUUUUCUCCAAUCAAAGCUGGGUAUUAGUUUUGAAGCCAAAACUGUAAGAUGUUUUCACAUUCUUACACAAACAUGCCUGCAUGCGUACAUGAAUAAAACCUUCGUAGAUGUAGUUCACCUGUAUUCUCUUCAAAGAUCAGGUCUACCUGACUAGUGUUGGAAAAUGAAAGUAAAACAUGCAUAAGCAGUGAAGUAUCGUAGUGCUUCUCUCUUUCGAGUGCACCCACACAGAGGUAUGCAUUUUUUAAGCUUUGGCUUAUGCAGGCUAUGUUGCUCUUCUGUUCAGAGCAGCUUUAUUCAUGUGUACGUAAUUAUAUAAAUCUGUGUAAGCCAUUGCAAAAGAUUACAAGUUCAUUCUGGCUUGUUACAAUUUUGAUCUAGAUGUUAAUGUGCAUUUGAACAGUACCUAGAAAGUGAGUAUGCAUUCUUAUAAAGAAGCCAGUCUAGAUUGGAUCACUUAGCCAAUUAGCUAAAGUUUAAAUGUUGAAUGAUACCAGUACAGGAGGCAUGAAUAUUGAGUUACUCCUUUCAGAGUGUUGAAUCUAAAAUGAUAGUCUUAUCCCAUAGUAUAAAUAAGAUGGCAAUCUAACCAUUUCCAAGAUGCUCCAAAUAUACAGGUGAUGACCUCAUAUCACUGCAAGCAUCCACCUGUAUAUUAGGGUUCGUUGUAUUUCUGCUGCUGAUUGAAUGUUUUUCUUUCAAUAUCUUUUCUUUAAAAUAUAUAGUCAUGCAUAUUAGAUACGGGGAAGCCAUUAAGAGUUUUUCUUCAGCUAUUUGAACUGGUUGUCACACUGAAUUUUGUGCCAGUUCUUUCAGAUAUCCUGUAUGAUGGCAAACAGAUUUCAUAACUUUGAAUCUAUGAAAGCCUAAAAUGCUGUAUUUUUGUUGAGGUGUACAUAAGUCACUCUAUAAAUAAACAUUUUAAAAAGGCCCCAAAACAGUAAAGUAGUAACUGCAAAGGACCCUCCCUCUAUUCUUUAUCUAGUAUAAAGUCUGAAGAAAGUAUUUUCUGCAGUUCAUUUUAAAGUAGCAAAACUAUGUCAAUAUUUUAAACAUUCUGCUCACAUUUGUGGAAUUUCUUGUCUGCCUCUCUGUUUAUAUUGCUUUGGAGUGCAGUAUUCUAGGGAUGCAAUAGCAGUAUCAGUUCAUUUCUUUAUUCCAUAGAACAAGCAUUGCCAGGAAAACACAUAGGAUAUUCCAGUGCACAUUAAUCACUUAACAUCACUUGCUUCCUGGAAAUGGCAAGUUAUUUAAUAUCCUAAUUUAAAGUAUUUCUAGCAGAAUUGUUGGAAAACCAAAAUCAAAUGUGUUCAGUGUAUCAUAAGCUGUAGCUCAGCAAGCAACUAUGAGAGCAACAUGGGCAUGGACAAAAUUUUAGCAAGGCUUUGAGAAGCUUCUGUGCUUGCAACACAUGUUGGUUUAACCAGGCAGAUGUUGCCACAGUGCUGGAGAAGCAGCCUGCCCACCUUAAAACUGCGUAUCCAGAUAUAUGCUUUGUGAUUCUCCCCUCCCCUUCACUAAUGUUUUAGGACAGAUCAAAGGCAGGGAUGUAGUGAUUGAUUUGAUCUAUUGUAAAAAUAACGUUUAAAUGUUUUGGGAGAAAUGGACAAAUUAUGUAGAUUCAAAUGGUCUGUAAAAGUUUUCCUGAUUCAUUAGAAGAGCCAGUUGAUAGAAAUGCUGAGUAUGCUCAAUUGUAAUGUGCGCCAAGUACUGAAACAUGAAUUAUGUGGAUUGGAAGUACUUCUAAACUGAUCUAAACACAUUACCCCAAGUACAGCAAACAGCUAAACUAAGGAGUGGAGCUGGGGAUGGUGACAAGUCUAACAUGCUGGAAAUGUAUGAGCUGUACAAAUCGGUGCUUUUGCUUUAUGUAAUUUUUCUGUGGAGUGUUUAUUUUUUAUAACAAAUCAUAAUGUUGGCACAUGAUUUUAUAAAAUAAAAGGAAAAUGAUUCCCAUGAUUUUAAAUAUUGGGAAAUGAUAUUAGUACUUUGUGGGGGAGAUAUUUUUCUCCCCCUUCCCCCUUAAAUAGCUUCAUCCAGUAAUGCUCUGUAUGGGAUCUACCUUUUACUGAAACCUAACAAAAGUCCCUCUUCUCUCCUCUCCCCCUUCCUGGACAUUGCACUUGGAACAAACUCCUUGUAGAAUCUAGGUCCCAAAUGGAAACUGAACAGUAAAUUCCCCUCUUGGUUGUGUGCCCACCACAAGGCAGAAGCUGGGAAUGUGGUAUAGUUGUAAUAAUUGAAAGGCCCAUAAGCUGACAGUUUCCUUAGCCAUUCCUCCUCCUUCUAACCUUUCUCCUUAAUUGGCUAGCUCAGGCUUCAUUAUUUUCUGUUAAAUUCUUUUCUAACCCCUAAAGCAGAUGUUACUUCUUUUCAGAUUUGUUAAAGCAUCCACUGUAUGCAGACCUGAUUUGUUGACUGCUACUGGAAAACACCUGUUGCCACCUGCCCCUGUACACAGCUAUAGAAAAUGUAAUAGUUCCAUCAGUUUGAGCAUGCUUGAUGUGACUGCAAGAUACUGUUGUGCAUAUACUUUGUAUAUCGGGCUGAAUUUUUUAUGGGGGCGGGUACAAAUGGUUUGGGGCAGAAACAGCACACAAUCUUAAGUUGCAGCAACGUGGAAACCCUUUCAAGUAUCUUGUGUGAGUGGGAAUGAGCACGCAUAUGUGUGCAUGUGUGGAUGUUUGUCUGGCAAAUUAAUGUGUGUUAGAAAUUUGUGAAUUUUACUUUCCUGCAGAAACAAUUAUUACAAAAGUUGUAUAUAAGAGAAUUAUGUAAUUUGUUUACCAGGAUCAAGUCACAGUAAAACCCUAGACUGUUCUCAGAUAUAAGAAGUAAUAAAGCUCUCAGUGGGGCAAGCGCCCUUCAUGUUGGUUAGGAGUUGGUGAAAUAGAAUGCAGUGGAUAUUUGUCUUGGGUAUUCAUUAUCCUGUUGGAUUCUUUGUCUCCCCUGCAUUUUUCAUGAGUGAUUGUGAAGGACAGCUGACGGAAAUAUUCUACUUCUACCUAGCAGUUUUCUGAAGGAAUAUUCUCAAACUAGGUGCCAGAAUCACCAAUCAUGAUUAUGACCAAUAGGGUUUUCAUUGUCCCUUGACAGUGAAUUUUGCAGCAUGGUACUGGGACUUCAGUUUGAAUGUAACAUUAAUGCUUUAUUUAAAAAUGCAUUUUUUAAAAGGGGGGAGGGUUUGAAGUGAACAUGACAUUGUUGACCAUGUUCGUGAAUUAUAGAUGCAACAUGCAUUGGUAGAAUUGUGUGAUGGUCUUUUGUGCUACUUAAUUUUACAUAUUCCAGUCUCUGUAUGUACUUGCAGUUUUAAAACAAAAUUAACAAUCCCUGCUUUGCUUUAUUCAAGGGUUCCCAGGACUGCAUAUCUGCUCCUGAGCUCUGUUUUAAGUAUGUGUAUCCUUGGCUUGUAUUUUGUAUUAAAAGAGAACAUGGAAAAGAACCCUUUCUUGUUCAGCAUGUUGGAAUUGUGUCCCCCUCAUAUUUCCCUCUCUCUCUUGUUUAAUUUUUUUUGAAUAUAUUAAGCAACUUAUUCUUCUGUAUCUUAAUUUCUUUUGUAAACUUUUUGGUUUUGUUUAAAAAUGGCUUUAUAAAAGGGCUUUUAUAACCCAUA